UCUCUUAGUCUCUAAGCACAUAGAUCUGCUCAUACAGACGGAGGGGCAUGGCAAUAUAAUCUCUGUUAUUAACGCUGAUCAAGAAUAUGUAUCUAUAUAUACUUUAUGGGGUCGGAGAUGCCUCUUUCUGCACACAUUUCCUUGAACCACAAAGUUAUAAUGCGUUUCUACCUUCGGUGUCGGUAAUAAUUAUAGCUUUAACUGUUACAGUAUCUGAGAAUUAGGUUUCAUACAUUCAAAAAUGGAUUAUAAAAUAAAAAUAAAUAAUGUUAUGUUCUUUCUAAUUUUGUUCUUCAAGGAUAAGAAAAAAAGUUAUACUUAUCGGAACAAUAAAAGUAGAGAGGGAUUUCCCUAUUUUGCAAGAAAUUAGCCUACAUUGACCUGUACAAAACGAAGCCCCUUAAGUGCGCCAAAGCUUACCACAGACGUAGCAUAAGGCAUUCUCAAUUAGUUACUUGGAAACAUGGAACGGUGGCAAAACAAGUUGGCUGUCGUCACUGGGGCAAGCAGCGGUAUAGGAGCAGCUUGCUCUCGUGCAAUGAUUGCGGCUGGUUUACGGGUGGUGGCGUUGGCACGACGGGAAAAAAAGUUAAAGGAGUUAAGUGAGAGUCUACCGAGCAAUCUAAAACAAAACUUGAUAGCACGUCGCUGUGAUGUGUCUAAGGAAGAGCAGGUCAUAAGUACAUUUGACUGGAUACAACGAGAGCUUGGCGGCGCCGAUGUUCUUCUUAAUAAUGCAGGCAUUACUCGGGAAACUGAAUUAGUUGCAGCACGGAACACGCAAAAGCUGCGAGACGUUAUCGACACCAAUUUGAUGGGGGUCAUUUGGUGCACACGUGAAGUGUUUCACAAUUUUAAAAGUCGCAAUACUGAGGGUCAUGUUUUUAUUGUCAACAGCAUCGCUGGCCACCAAGUGCUCAACUUUAUUGGUGUUUUACCCUCGUUCAAUAUAUAUCCAGCAACGAAAUUUGCUAUUACAGCCAUUACAGAAACUUAUCGACAAGAGUUUCAAUUACACACGAAUAAGGUGCGGGUCACAGGCAUUUGUCCGGGGGCUGUCAAUACCAAUAUUUUUCCAGAGGAGAUACAUUUUUACGUUAAAAAUAUGGCGAGGUUACAGCCAUCGAACAUUGCGGAUGCGAUACUUUAUGCGCUUCGUACACCGCCUAAUGUACAGAUACACGAGAUCACAAUUAAGCCAAUGGGUGAGAUAUUUUAGGUAAUUAAAAAUUUGCAAAAAUAAUUAAAAUUAUCCAUAUGCUUGUAAGUGAAUAAAAACUACACAGAUGUAUUGUAUUUU